UUCUCCCGCCAAAAGACCUUCUCCAUCCAGCAUAGCUUUCCCCAGCAUCCAGGUCUUCCAAGCUCAAGCUCCUGCACAACUCAAGCUUCCAAUGAGCCAUGAUCUCAUCCUGCGCAUAAAAAAAUCACUGGUUCUAUGAAGUCGCUCGCUGCAAACCAAUUGAAUUACCCGUGUACCUGCACGUAGCAGGUACUUACUGUAGGAAUCCCGGAACCUUGCAACGGAGCUGAUUAUCCCGAUGGAGAAGGUCAAGGUUAUUGAGGAUCGACCGUCUUUGACAGGAUGCAGGGAGAAGCUAUAUAGCUUCCAGAAGCUCUCUUUUCUUUCCCUUUUUACUCCCUGCUGCUUGUUACUUGCUGUUAAUAUUUACUGUAAUAUCCAAACGCUCAAGAUGCUCUUCAGUAGAAUCUCAGUUCUUGCCUCAGCGCUUGCUGUUUCUCAAGCACAGCUGUAUCCUGGCCAGAGCAAUCUGAACCAUACAUGCCAACUUCAAACUCCAUUUCUGUCAUGUUCCGCAAACGCGUAUCCAAAUGUAACGGAUUCCUGCUGUACAGAAACAUUUGGAGGACUAGUAUUGAGCACCCAAUUCUGGGAUACUUAUACGGGUCUUGAGUCUGAGGGACAAGUGCUUCCUGCAAACACAUGGACGCUUCAUGGUCUGUGGCCUGACUUUUGUAAUGGCUCAUACACACAAUACUGUGAUCUAAGCCGUCAAUAUGAUCCCCUACCGAGUCCCAACACGACCACCGGAAAGCCAGACGGCAAGCCAGUCAUCCCAUACACUGGCCCCAGCAUCGGAACUUUCCUUGAGCCCUUCGGCAAAUUCGACUUGCUCGCCUACAUGAACAAAUACUGGGUAGCCCAGAACCAACCCAAUGCUGACUUCUGGGGCCACGAGUUCUCCAAGCACGCAACAUGCUUCUCGACAUUUGAGCUUCCCUGCUACGGCCCAAUGUACCAAAACCACAGCGAAGUUGUCGAUUUCUUCGAGACCUCUGUGGCAUACUAUCAAAAUCUGCCAACCUAUGGCUGGCUCUCAGCUGCGGACAUCCGGCCAAGCAAUCAAACCAAGUACAGCUUGACUGAUUUGCAGGGUGCGUUGGUGGCUGGGUUUGGUGCUUUGCCGUAUAUUGGUUGUUCUGGCCCGAGAUUCAAUGAGACGGCGAAGGGCAAUGGGACGUUGGAUAAUGGGAGGACGGUUCUGACUGAGGUGUGGUAUUAUUACCAUGUCUUUGGACAAGUGCAGAGGAACCAGGCGCUGCCGGUUAAUGCGAACAUUAAUGGAGGAAGUGUGAGUAGUUGUGCGAAGGCUAAGGGGGCAUUGAGUUAUUAUGAGAGGACAAAGGGCAGCGAGGUGUAGAUGUGUACCUAUAUAAACAGGUACCUAAUGUGAAAUGAUUUGAU